AUGGGUAAAUUAGCCCCGGAAGUGUUUAUUGACACCCAGGCAGCGGUUAACCUGGGAUCAGCACUGUUUUGUCCCUGCGGUGCAUGUGGGGUCAGAGUGGCCGGGCGUGAAACCCGAGCCGCCCGCCCCUCCACGGUGACGACACAGGGUCUCCCGGAGAACAGGGGGGGGGCUUCAAGGAACAUGGAGACACUGAGAGAGUCCUUUCUGCAUUUGACUUUUCAGAUGUCAACCUACAAGAGGGCCACGCUGGACGAGGAGGACCUGGUGGACUCCACGGCCGACGACGUCUACCCGUCAUCACCCAUGCAGGUAACUCUUCUGCAGGGCCGCAGCUCCACGUGCUGGUCGGGCAGAACGCACAGAGAGAAGAGGCUGCUGUUCUUGGUUUGUGUCCUGUCGGGCGCCACGUUUGUGUCUCUCAUAUCCGCCGGAGUCUUCUACAAACAGGCUCACCCGGGCUUGUGCCUCACGGAGCCGUGCAUUACCGUGACCAACGCCGUCUUAGGAGCCCUUGACAGAUCCGUAGACCCCUGCCACGACUUCUACAACUUUGCUUGUGGGGGUUGGGUGAGGAACAACCCCCUCCCUGAGGGGAAGUCUCGCUGGGGUCCUUUCAGCAACCUGUGGGAGCACAACAUGCUCGUGAUGAAGCAUUUAUUAGAAAACACGACGAUGAAAGGAUUGAGUAAGGCAGAGGAAAAGGCCCAGCGAUAUUAUGAGGCCUGCAUGAACGAGUCCAAGAUUGAGGAAUUAGGAGCAAAGCCUUUGCAGCAGCUCAUCAGUCAGAUCGGAGGAUGGGGUCUGACCGAGCCGUGGGACAAGGACAACUUCCAAGAGGUUCUGCGGACCGUCUCGGCCAGCCUGCGGACCUCUCCUUUCUUCACCGUGUUUGUCAGCGCAGACUCCAAAAACUCCAACAGUAACGUCAUCCAGGUGGAUCAGUCCAGCCUGGGACUACCCUCACGGGAUUACUACCUCAACAAGACAGCCAAUGAGAAGGCGAGUUGUUUCCAAAAUGUGCAUGCGUUACAAAUAUUUCCAGGUCACUUAGAGUUUGAGUACACCCUAAGGCCCGUGCAUUAUCUCACGGCGUACCUCGACUUCCUGGUGAAGUUGGGGGUCCUUCUGGGCGGCUCGGAGGAGACGUCUCGGACCAUGAUGGAAGAGAUUGUGGACUUUGAAACCACCCUGGCUAACAUCACGGUCCCUCAGGAGGAGAGAAGAGACGAGGAGCUCAUUUAUCACAAGAUAGCAGCCAAGGACCUGAAAGAUCUGGCUCCAGCAGUGGACUGGAUGCCAUAUCUCACAGAAGUGUUUGCGCCUGUUCCACUUAACGAGUCAGAGCCAGUGGUUGUUUAUGCCAAAGAAUACCUCCAGAAAGUUUCUGACCUCAUAGCUAAAACAAAUAAAAGCUUGCUUAACAACUACAUGAUAAUGAAGGUGGUGAGAAGGAUGGUUUCAGUUUUGGACCAAAGAUUCCAGGAUGCUGAGCAGCACUUCCAUGAGAUCAUGUAUGGGACUAAGAAGAGCUGUACUCCCCGUUGGAAGCUGUGCGUCAGUGACACAGACAGCGCCCUGGGCUUUGCUCUUGGAGCCAUGUUUGUUAAAGCCACCUUUGCUGAGGACAGCAAAUCCAUCGCGGAGGAGAUGGUGUCACAAAUCAAAGGGGCGUUUGAAGACAGCUUGAUGUAUGUGAGCUGGAUGGACUCGGAGACAAAGAGAGCGGCAAAAGAAAAGGCGGAUGCAAUAUACAACAUGGUGGGCUAUCCAGAUUUCAUCAUGAACGCCACAAAGCUGGACAAAGUCUUUAAUGAUUUUAUGGUGGAGUCGGAGCUUUACUUCCAAAAUGUCAUGCAGUACUACAACUUCUCAGCCAGAGUGACUGCAGACCAGCUGAGGAAAACUCCCAACAGAAACCAGUGGAGCAUGACCCCCCCGACUGUAAAUGCGUAUUACAACCCAACCAAGAAUGAGAUGGUGCUGCCCGCAGGAAUCCUUCAAGCUCCAUUCUAUAGUCGAUGGUGGCCAAAAGCACUUAACUUUGGUGGCAUUGGCGUGGUCAUGGGUCAUGAACUAACUCAUGCUUUUGAUGACCAAGGAAGAGAAUACGACAAGGAUGGAAACUUGCGACCCUGGUGGAACAAUUCUUCUGUGGAGGCCUUCAAAAAGCAGACCCAGUGCUUGGUGGAGCAGUACGGCAAUUACAGCAUCAACCAGGAGCCUCUGAAUGGAAGACACACCCUUGGAGAAAACAUUGCUGAUAACGGCGGACUAAAGGCUGCUUACAAGGCUUACGUGAACUGGAUCAAAAGGAACGGUGAGGAAGCCACACUGCCUGCUCUGGGAAUGACAAACCAUCAGCUGUUUUUUGUAGGAUUUGCCCAGGUAUGGUGCUCUGUCAGGACACCCGAGAGCUCACACGAGGGCGUAAUCACAGAUCCUCACAGCCCGUCAAGAUUUAGAGUCAUCGGCACUAUCUCCAACUCACGUGAAUUCUCAGAGCACUUUGGCUGCAAAGCAGAUGCUCCCAUGAACCCCAAACAUAAGUGUGAGCUUUGGUGA